AUGGCUCCGGCAAAGGCGUCUCGGGGAAAAGCUCCCAAAUCCCACCAUGAAUCUGGCAGGACUAUGAAACGCAAGCGCGGCCAGGAGGACCUCGCCUCGCUCAUUCAGCGUGUCGAGGACCUCGAUCUCAAAGCCGCGGUCAAAAACUUCUCCGAUCUGCCUCUCUCUGAACCUACCGCCGAUGGUCUGUCGGCUUCUCACUUCAAGGUUAUGACUGACAUCCAGUCGCGCGCUAUCAGCUCUGCUCUGAAGGGUCGCGAUAUCCUUGGUGCCGCCAAAACCGGUAGCGGAAAGACCCUGGCCUUCCUCGUCCCCAUCCUCGAGAACCUGUACCGCAAACAAUGGACUGAAUACGAUGGAUUGGGUGCGCUUAUUCUAGCUCCGACUCGCGAAUUGGCGAUCCAGAUCUUCGAAGUGCUGCGCAAGGUGGGUCGUUACCACGCCUUCUCCGCUGGCCUGGUGAUCGGUGGAAAGAGCUUGCGCGAGGAACAAGACCGUUUGGGUCGCAUGAAUAUCCUGGUUUGCACCCCUGGUCGUAUCCUGCAGCAUCUGGACCAGACGGCUAUGUUUGAGACCCACAAUCUACAACUUCUGGUGAUGGAUGAGGCCGAUCGCAUUCUGGACAUGGGUUUCCAGAAGUCGGUGGACGCUAUCAUUGACCAUCUCCCCAAGGAACGACAGACCAUGCUGUUUAGUGCUACACAAACUAAGAAGGUCUCUGAUUUGGCUCGUUUGAGUCUCAAGGAGCCUGAGUAUGUUGCCGUGCACGAAGCUGCUGCUUCGGCUACACCGUCAACUCUUAAACAACACUAUGUCGUCACUCCCCUUCCUCAAAAGCUGGACACUCUGUGGAGUUUCAUCCGUAGUAAUCUCAAGUCGAAGACAGUGGUUUUCCUAUCCUCAGGAAAGCAGGUCCGCUUUGUCUAUGAAUCCCUCCGACACUUACAACCCGGUAUCCCAUUGAUGCAUCUUCACGGCCGCCAAAAGCAGGGUGGCCGUUUGGAUAUUACAACCAAAUUCUCUUCGUCACAGCACGCCGUUCUUUUCGCCACUGAUGUGGCUGCACGUGGUCUUGAUUUCCCUGCCGUGGACUGGGUAAUCCAAAUGGAUUGCCCCGAGGACGCCGAUACCUACAUUCACCGAGUGGGCCGAACUGCCCGUUAUGAGCGAGUCGGUCGUGCUGUGCUCUUCUUGGAUCCUAGCGAGGAGAAAGGAUUCCUGAAGCGACUUGAGCAAAAGAAGGUACCAAUUGAACGCAUCAAUAUCAAGGCGAACAAGCAGCAAAACAUUGCUCAUUUGCUUCAAAAUAUGUGUUUCAAGGAUCCAGAGCUCAAGUAUCUGGGUCAGAAGGCAUUUAUCUCAUAUGCGAAGUCAAUUUACGUGCAAAAAGAUAAGGAAACUUUCAAUAUCAAGGAACUUGCCUUGGAAGAUUAUGCGACUAGCUUGGGUCUGCCUGGUGCUCCCCGCAUCAAGUUCAUCAAGGGUGACGACACCAAGGAACGCAAGAAUGCUUCAUGGAGAAUGUCGCAUCUUUCUAGUGGUUCCGAGGACUCGGACGCAGACGACGACGAGCCCAAGAAGGAGAAGAAGAAGAAGAAGGACGAGAAGCAAGUCCGUACCCGCUAUGACCGCAUGUUCGACCGACGCAACCAGGACGUUCUGGCAGACCAUUACUCGAAGCUUAUCAACGACGAUGGUACGAUGAUUGACAAUGGGGCCGGUGAAGAUGCGGACGAAGAUGCCGAUUUCCUGUCUGUCAAGCGCAGAUUCGAGGCUGGUGACGAGCAACUUGGCCAGGGUGCUACCGAAUCUGACGAUUCGGAAGUCGAGACAAAGACUAAGAAAGUCCAGCUCGAUGGUCAAGAACCACUGGUCAUCGAUUCUAAGCGUCGCGAGAAGCUGCUCAAGUCGAAGAAAAAGCUACUCAAAUUCAAGGGCAAGGGUACCAAGCUUGUCUACGAUGAAGACGGCAAUGCCCACGAGGUCUACGAGAUGGAGGACGAAGAACAGUUUGCCGCCCGGGGCGACGCCAAGGCCCAGCGGGAGCGCUUCGUGGCGGAGGAGGCCGAGCGCACGCGCCGCGCCGAUAUCGACGACAAGGAAGUCGUGCGCGAGAAGAAGCGCGAGAAGAAGGAGAAGCGCAAGGCCCGCGAGCGUGCUCUUGCCGAGGCCGAGGCGGAGGAGGAGGACGAGGGUGGUUUCCAGCUACCCUACAUUCCCUUCAAGGACCCGAUGGAGUCUGCAUCCGAGUCCGAGCGGGAGGACUCACGCCCGAGCAAGAAGACUCGUGUGUCCUUUGCCGAUUCAGACAGCGAGGACCGACCGAGCAAGAGCAAGAAGAGCAAAAAGGCUGCCGAGCCCAAGAUCGAGACCUUGCAGGAUCUGGAAGCGCUGGCCAGUGGCUUACUGGGUUAA